CUUCUCUCUCUCUCUCUUACCAAAACUCUCCCCCAUCUUUUCUCUGUUAAACUUUUUCCCAUUCACUCUCGACGUUCCUAUUCUCUCAUGGUUCCCCAAUAAAACCCUAAUUUUAUUCCUUCACUCUCACUCCUCGUCCGCAGGUACACUAUUAAUAAUCCAGCUCUCUCUUCUUCACUCGGCUUAUUCGGUUUUCGUUAGGGUUUGUAUUGAUUUUGGUUGUUGGAUCUGUUGCGAAAAAGGUCUGAAAUUUUUGAGAGGGAAUUUAGGGUAGGGAUUUAUGUCCUUCAAUCAAUCAAGGUCGGAUAAGAACGAGACGCAGUAUCGUAAAACAGGGCGAUCCGCGGCCUCCAAUCAGCAGCACAGGGGAUACUCACCCGUUUACCCUAAGGGCGCCGGCGCCGCUGGCCCCGCCCCUUCCAUCUCCUCCCAACGCAGCUUCAAGAAGACUAAUAACAAUGCACAAGGAGGGCAAUCCAGGGGGAAUGUAGCCCCUGUAAAUCCUUCGGAUCCCGGAAGUGCUUCUACACCGCGGAGCGGUAUACCGAAUGGCGCCCAUGUACAGCCGCAAUAUCACGGAGCCAUGGAGCCAACUGUUACAAACACAGCUCCCAAGCAAACAGAACCAUUAGUCGCACAGAGAGGCCCUCGAGCUGUUCCGAAGGCUCCAGCUUCUCAGUCUGCCUCCGUGAAUUCUGACUCAAGAGGGCCCAGUACUCCUGUAAAACCCCCAGGGGAUGCGUCCAAGGGAUUUUCGUUUCAGUUUGGGUCCAUAAGUCCUGGUCUGAUGAAUGGGAUGCAGAUUCCGGCUCGAACUAGCUCAGCUCCCCCAAAUUUGGAUGAGCAGAAGCGCGACCAGGCACGGCAUGAGUCCUUUAGACCAGCACCGGCAUUGCCAACCCCUUCUGUUCCUAAGCAGCAGUUACCUAGGAAAGAUCAACAUUCUGUCGACCAAUCUAGUGCCGCUGAGACUCAUCUGCAACCCAAGGCCAAAAAGGAUGUGCAAGUGUCACCUGCACCCCCUGCUAGUCAAUCUCAGAAACCUUCUGGUCCUCCAAUGCCUGGUAUCUCUAUGGCAAUGCCAUUUCACCAGCCACAGGUUUCUCUGCAGUUUGGUGGCCCCAACCAGCAGAUUCAAUCUCAGGGUAUGCCUCCCAAUUCACUCCAAAUGCCAAUGCCAAUUCCGUUACCAAUAGGUAGCAGUCAAGUACAGCAGCCAGUGUUCGUUUCAGGUCUGCAACCCCAUCCCAUGCAGCCUCCAAAUAUUAUGCAUCAGGGCCAGAACCUGGGUUUUACCUCCCAAAUGGGUCCACAGCUGCCUCAGUUGGGCAACUUGGGGAUCGGCAUAGGUCCUCAGUUCCCCCAACAGCAAGGUGGCAAGUUUGCUGCCCCUCGUAAAACCCCUGUCAAGAUUACCCAUCCAGAUACACAUGAAGAGUUAAGGCUUGAUAAACGGGCAGAUUCAUAUCAAGAUGGUGGCUCGUCAGCCGCCAGGACUCACCCGAAUGUUUCUCAAUCUCAGCCCAUGCCUCCAUUUGCCGGUUCUCAUCCUACAAGCUAUUACAAUUCUUACAAUACGAGCCUGUUUUUUCCAUCUCCGAAUUCACAUCCUUUAACAAGUAGUCACAUGCCACCCAAUUCACAAGCACCACGAUUUAGCUAUCCAGUGAGCCAGGGUCCACCCCAAAGUAUGCCUUUCAUGAAUCCGUCAGCUCACCCACCUACCCUGGAUCAUGCACGGGAUGUACAUAGUAAAAUUGCCUCUGUUCCAUCCACAGCUAUUCCUGUUACUGUUAAACCAGCUGUUGACUCAUCGGCAAACAGUGCAGCUUCUGUUGAAAAAAAUGAAUUUUCAAAGACAUCAAGGCCGGCUGGAGAAGUGAUAUCAUCUCAUGCUCAAAGGUUUCCUGGCAGUGACCCAUCAAUUAAUAAAUCAUUGCCAGUUGUGGCAAAAGUGUCUGCAGCUGUGCCAGCUGCUCCUUCUGUUGAAGGCCAGGUUUCAAGUUCUUUAUCCUCUACUUCAGUUGCCUCAGCAGAGGAGUCUGUACCAGUUGUAAAUGCCACUGAAGCCAGAAAAAAGGAAUCCCUUAGUCGGUCAAACUCAAUUAAAGAUCAGCAGAAGAAACCAGCCAAGAAAGGGAGUACUCAACCACAGCAUCAGCUUCUUGAGCAAUCUAGCUCUACAUCAAGCGUUCCCUCUCAGGAACAUGCUGUUUCUUCUAGUAUUGGUGUUUCUCAACCUAAAGAGGGUAAUACAGUUCCUGUUUCAGAAAGCAUUGGGUCUGUGUCAGAAUCAGUCGGGGUAUCAUCAUCAAAUGUUAGUUUGGACACUACAGAUGUUUCCGACUCAAAGACUGAAACAGUUCAAGAAGGCGCCAUCUCCUCUUCUGAUGUUGGUCAUCAUAGUCAAAUAGGAAACUCUUCGCUGCUGGAUGAACAAGGAAAACAAGAAUUGGUUGGAGCAGAUAACCAGUCGGAAGGAAGUUUGUCUGAAGGAUACAAACAGGAAGCUAGUAGUCCUAGUAUUUCUUCAGAAUCUACCUCUGUGAAAAGUAUGGAAUCUGCUAACAAAGCAGCAGAGCACUCUGUCGGAAAGGAAACUGCCAAAGGCAAUGUUUUUGGAACUUCUGAAACUGCAGGAGUCAAAGAUCACCAUGUCGGUUGCAAUUCAGAAUUAGAUGCGAUAAAUGCCUCUUCAAGAAGAAGUGAUAGUGUGGGUAAUAUUGAAGUUGCUUCUACAGAACUUAGUGGGCCAGAUCUGCCCUCUGCUGCUUUUCAAUCCACAGAUCUGUCAGGUACUACUUCAAAGCAAGAAGGGGAAAGUGUGGAUAUUACUAGGGGUGGGGGAAGUGUUGAGAAUAUUGGUAGUGGUGGUGAUUCAAUUACAGUGUCAGGUUCGAAGGAUAAACCCCUCCACGAACUGAGUAGAACUAAGAGUUCUCUUUCAAAGACGAAGAAGAAAAGAAAAGAAAUUCUUUCUAAGGCUGAUGCUGCUGGGGGAACCUCUGAUCUAUAUGGGGCUUAUAAGGACCCUGCAGACAAGAAAGAUGUAGCAUCAUCUGAAAGCAGUGAGAGCACUUCUACUAGCAUAUUGUCAAAGCAGGAAGCUGCUGAUUCUACUCAGCAAGUUGCUGUUGUCAGAGAUGAAGGUGCACCGAGUAAAGCUGAGCCAGAUGACUGGGAAGAUGCUGCUGACAUCUCUACUCCCAAACUGGAUCCCUCAAAUAGUGGAGAACAGGCCCAUGGUGACUUAGAUGGGAGUGGAUAUGGGGCAAAGAAGUAUUCCAGAGAUUUUCUUCUGAAGUUCUCUAUGCAGUUUCUUGACCUACCGGAGGGUUUUGAGAUUACGUCUGAUAUAUCAGAAAUUUUGAAUGCCAAUGUAAAUGCUUUUGCUUCUGUCGAUUAUGAUUCAAUCCCAAGUCCUGGACGGAUUAUUGACAGGCCAGGGGGAGGAAGAAUUGACCGACGUGGGAGUGGAAUGAUUGAAGAUGAUAGGUGGAACAAAGGUGGUAAUGCCAAUUUCCGACCUGUCCAAGGAGUAAAUUAUGGUGUUUUGAGGAGUCCAGGUCCACGGGGACAAGCUCAGCAUGUUAGAGGGAUCCUACCUGGGCCGAUUGCAGGUUCACAGGGAGGGAUGCAAAGAAAUAACCCUGAUGCUGACAGGUGGCAGCGAGCUACAAACUUUCAACCAAAGGGUUUGAUGCCUUCACCACAGACUCCAUUACAGGUGAUGCACAAAGCUGAGAGGAAGUAUGAAGUCGGUAAAGUCAGUGAUGAAGAACAGGCUAAGCAAAGGCAGUUGAAGGCAAUAUUAAACAAGCUGACUCCCCAGAAUUUUGAAAAACUGUUUGAGCAAGUAAAAGCUGUAAAUAUUGAUAAUGCCACAACACUGACAGGUGUAAUCUCACAAAUCUUUGAUAAGGCUCUAAUGGAGCCUACUUUCUGUGAGAUGUAUGCGAACUUCUGCUUUUAUCUUGCCGCAGAGUUGCCUGAUUUCAGUGAAGACAAUGAAAAGAUAACCUUUAAGAGGUUGCUUUUGAAUAAGUGUCAGGAGGAAUUUGAGAGGGGAGAAAGAGAACAAGAGGAAGCCAAUAAGGCUGAUGAGGAGGGUGAGGUGAAACAAUCUGAAGAAGAAAGAGAAGAGAAAAGAAUUAAAGCACGGAGACGAAUGUUGGGUAAUAUUAGAUUAAUUGGGGAGUUAUACAAGAAGAAAAUGUUGACUGAGAGAAUAAUGCAUGAGUGCAUUAAGAAGUUGUUAGGUCAGCAGCAGACUCCAGAUGAGGAGGAUAUUGAAGCUUUGUGCAAACUAAUGAGCACAAUUGGGGAGAUGAUUGAUCAUUCGAAAGCCAAGGAGCACAUGGAUGCAUAUUUUGAGAGGGUGAAAAGUUUAUCGAAUAAUAAGAAUUUAUCAUCUAGGGUCAGGUUUAUGUUGAAAGAUACCAUAGACUUGCGAAAGAACAGAUGGCAGCAGAGGAGGAAAGUUGAAGGACCGAAAAAGAUUGAGGAAGUGCACAGAGAUGCUGCGCAAGAACGACAGGCACAAGCUAGUAGGCUGAGCCGUGGUCCAGGAAUGAAUCCAUCAGCGAGAAGGGGGCCUCCCAUGGAAUUUAGUCCUAGAGGGUCGACUGUGGUAUCUCCAUCAAAUGCACAAAUUGGUGGGUUCCGUGGGAUGCCCUCCCCAGCUCGUGGUUUUGGCAGUCAGGACGCCCGUACAGAUGUCCGUGUAGAUGAAAGACAUUCUUAUGAGGGUAGGACCCCAGUUCCCUUGACUCAAAGACCCAUGGGUGAUGAGUCCAUCACUUUGGGUCCCCAGGGUGGUCUUGCCAGAGGAAUGUCUGUCAGAGGACCACCAUCGAUGUCGGCUGCUCCACUCCCUGAGUUAUCUCAUAACCCUGGAGACUCCAGGAGGAUGACAACUGGUUUGAAUGGUUUCAGUUCCCACUCAGAGCGGGCAACUUACAACCCCAGGGAGGAUUUAAUACUGAGAAUUGUGCCUGAUAGAUUUGGAGGUCCUGCUGCUUAUGAUCAGUCAAGUGGACCAGAGCGUAAUAUAAGUUUUGGUGGGAGGGAUCCACGGAGUUCAGAUCGUAGUUUUGAUAGAUCUCUUACUGCACCGCCUACUCGCUCACAUGGGGCAGCUUUAACACAAAAUGUUCCUUCAGAUAUGUCGGAAGAAUAUCUUAGAGAUAAGUCGUUGGGAGCAAUUAAGGAAUUUUACAGCGCCCGAGACGAGAAGGAAGUUGCUCUAUGCAUCAAAGACUUGAACUCACCAAGCUUCCAUCCGACAAUGAUAUCUCUUUGGGUCACAGACUCAUUUGAGAGGAAGGACAGAGAAAGAGAUCUCUUCACAAAGCUUCUAAUUAAUCUUACCAAGUCCCAGGAUGGAUCUUUGAGUCAAUCCCAUCUCAUCAAAGGGUUUGAAGCUACUCUCUCCACCUUGGAGGAUGCCGUGACUGAUGCACCUAGAGCACCAGAGUUUCUUGCCCGGAUAUUUGCCAGAGCCAUUUUAGAAAAUGUAGUUUCCUUGAAUCAGAUUGGGCAGUUAAUACGUGAAGGUGGAGAGGAGCCAGGAAGUCUUUUGGAAGCAGGGCUUGCAGGCAAUGUUCUUGGAAAUAUCUUGGAGAUUAUCCAAUCAGAAAAAGGAGAGAGUGGUCUCAAUGAGAUUCGUACGUCCUCCAACUUGCGGUUGGAGAAUUUCCGGCCUCCAGAUCCUCUCAAGUCAAGGAUGCUAGAGAAAUUUCUUUAGACAUAGUGAUGCUCAUUGUAAUCUUGUGGUAGGAAAGAAAAAAAAUUCAUGGGCAGUGCUCUUAGGGUGCGUAAUGAAUUUGCAAAAAAUAUUUUUCCAGGUGGGUGGUGGGAAAUUUAUGUAUGGGGUUUUGUAGUUAUCAUUCUCCAUGUUUCAAUGUUAUUUAUUAUAAACAUUACUGCAGUGCAGUUAUGGAAGGUUCAAUUGAGCAUCAUUUUAAAAUCUUCGUGUUCCUUUCAUGGUACUUGACUGGUGUUCUCAAUUUGCAGUUGAUGUCAUGUUGAUGUUUGCAAUAAUGUUCCUUGCAACUAAACUUUGGUUAUUUCC